GCUCUGGUCCCGCUACGUUGUUGUCAUGGAUACCCCACCCGGUGUCUCCUGCAGGCUCUCCCGGUGAUGUGUCAGGCUGGGUUGAAGAAGCCGUAGCGGGUCUCAGAGAGGCGGUCUAUGCUAACUGACCCCCAGCUCGAAGCACUUCCGCCCGGCCUGUGACAGGGAGGGCAGCCUGGGGCCUGGAGGGACAGCUCAUUCGCCAUGAGUGAAUUCCGGAUACACCAUGAUGUAAACGAACUCAUCAGUUUACUGCGUCUGCAUGGAACUGAGGGAGCUGAACAUUACAUUGAUCUUCUGCAGAAGAAUCGCACUCCUUAUGUAACAACUAGUGUCUCAGCCCAUAGUGCCAAAGUUAAAAUUGCAGAGUUUUCUAGAACGCCUGAAGAUUUUCUCAAGAAAUAUGAAGAGUUAAAGUCAAAGAAUACUCGUAAUCUUGAUCCUUUGGUCUACUUGCUCUCCAAACUAACAGAAGAUAAAGAGACUCUGCUAUACCUACAGCAGAAUGCCAAGGACAAAGCAGAGCAGCUUGCCUCCUCCAGCAUGGCUGGUAGCAGCCUCCCUAUCCCCCCCAACACAUCAAAGAUUUCCAUGCAGGAAUUGGAGGAACUGCGGAAACAGCUGGGAAGCGUAACCACUUCAGUGACCAGUGGACCACAGCCUGUUGAGGUUUUGCGGAAGGUGCUUAGAGAAAAAUUGAACAAGAAGAAUGCUGGGCAGCCAGUUCCAGUGUUCCCAGCCUGGGUGUAUGAGAGACCAGCACUUAUUGGGGAUUUUUUACCUCUCUCCAACCCAGGCACUGAUGUUACAGUUCCCAUAGGGUCUCUUCCUUUACCUUCUCAAGAAGCCACCAUUGUGGAGGACCUGCUGUAUGUACUUAUUGGAGUAGAUGGACGUUAUAUUACCGCCCAGCCCCUUGUUGGAAGGCAGAACCGCUCGUUCUUGGUAGAUCCAAAUCUAGAUAUGUCUGUGAAGGAGCUGGUGAACAGAAUCCUGCCAGUGGCUGGCAGCUAUUCCAUGGUCACAAGAUUCAUAGAGGAAAAGUCUUCCUUUGAAUACGGCCAAGUGAACCAUGCUCUGGCUGCUGCUAUGAGGACAUUGGUGAAGGAAUAUAUGAUCCUUAUUACUCAGCUGGAACACCUCCAGCGCCAAGGGUUGUUGUCCUUGCAGAAACUCUGGUUUUACAUUCAGCCCACGCUCCGGACUAUGGAGGUUCUAGCAUCUCUUGCCAUUUCAUUGGAUAAAGGAGAAUGCCUAGGUGGAGCUACACUCAGCCUGCUGCAUGACAGAACCUUUGGCUACACUGGGGACAGUCAGGCCCAGGAGCUGUGCCUCUACUUGACAAAAGCAGCAAGUGCUCCGUACUUCGAGAUCCUGGAGCGUUGGAUCUACAGAGGAAUUAUCAAUGACCCCUACAGUGAGUUCAUGGUGGAGGAGCAUGAACUGAAAAAAGAAAAAAUCCAAGAGGAUUAUAAUGACAAAUAUUGGGACAAGCGUUACACCAUUGUGCAACAGCAGAUCCCAUCCUUUUUACAAAAGGUGGCAGACAAGAUUCUUAGCACAGGUAAAUAUCUAAAUGUGGUUCGAGAGUGCGGCCAUGAUGUUACCUGCCCAGAUGCGAGAGAGAUUAUCUACACCUUGAAGGAGAGGGCAUAUGUGGAGCAGAUUGAGAAAGUGUACAGCUAUGCCAGCAAAGUUCUUCUAGACUUCUUAAUGGAAGAGAAGGAACUGGUAGCACGUCUCCGGUCUAUAAAACAUUACUUCCUCAUGGAUCAGGGAGAUUUCUUUGUGCACUUCAUGGACUUGACGGAAGAGGAACUAAAGAAGAGUGUUGAUGAUAUUAUCCCAACCCGAUUAGAGGCUCUUCUGGAACUAGCCCUGAGGAUGAGCACAGCCAACACUGACCCCUUCAAAGAUGAUCUAAAGAUUGAGCUAAUGCCACAUGACCUAAUAACCCAGCUCCUCCGUGUGCUCGCUAUUGAGACUCGCCAGGAGAAAGCCCUGAUUAAUGCUGAUCCAACUGAGCUUUCAUUGAGUGGCCUUGAGGCAUUCUCAUUUGAUUAUAUUGUCAAGUGGCCCCUUUCCCUGAUCAUAAACAGAAAGGCCCUGACUCGCUACCAAAUGCUUUUCCGCCACAUGUUCUACUGCAAACAUGUGGAGAGGCUUCUGUGCAAUGUGUGGAUCAGCAAUAAAGCUGCAAAACAAUUUUCCCUGCAUUCUGCUAAAUGGUUUGCAGGAGCAUUUACUCUUCGCCAAAGAAUGUUGAAUUUUGUACAGAACAUUCAGUAUUACAUGAUGUUUGAGGUGAUGGAGCCAACAUGGCACAUAUUGGAAAAAAACCUGAAAUCUGCUUCAAAUAUAGAUGACGUUCUAAGCCAUCACAACAACUUUCUUGACAACUGUCUGAAGGAUUGCAUGCUCACAAACCCAGAGCUACUUAAGAUCUUCUCCAAGCUCAUGUCUGUCUGUGUCAUGUUCACAAACUGUCUGCAGAGAUUCACACAGAGUAUGCAAGUGCAGACAGAAAUGGAGCGGCUGACACUAGAACAUGGCACAAUGAUGGGACCACCUACACAGAGUGAAAAAACUGAGGAGGCCAUGAAAAAGAAGCUCACCAGCAAGUAUCUAGCAGAGCAUGUGGAUGCCUUUCAGUCUUCAUCUGGCUUUGAGUCUACAAUCAACAAUUUUGACAGUAACUUCUCAACUCACCUCCUCGACCUGCUGGACAAACUGAGCAUGUACAGCACCAACGAUUGUGAGCACAGCAUGAUUAACAUCAUAUACAGGUUGGAUUUUAAUGGAUUCUACACAGAAAGGUUGAAGCAACUGUCUGCAGAGAGAAACCAGAAGGUGACCCCCCAGGCAGCACUUUUACGACCGCCCGUAGCCACACAGUGAACUUGUACAUCAGCCAAGGAACAAUUCCCUCCAUAAGCUAUCCUACACUUUCUCACUAAAAAGCACCCCCAUUCUUGUGCUUCUUUUUUGUGCAUUUGAGAUCUAUUUACCGAUUAUAGUAGGGUUUUGGAAACUGAUAUUUAUCCAAGCCCUGAAUGAUAUUAGUUUCUGGUUACUGGAAGCUGUACAGUGAGGGUCUUUAUUUUGUCUGAAUUCCAAAAUUAUUUGUUUAGAACACUUUGAGACAUAGCUAAUCUCCUUCAAACAUAGCGCUUUUUGGGGGGGUAGCUAAAAAACAAUACAAUUUAACUCUGAGAAAUCAGAUCAAGCCAUUAUCAAAUGGAUUUCUGUUACCCACCACUUGAUUUUUUUUCUCUUUAUAAUCAUUGAUGUAACUCAUUUGUUCAGUCCACAAUUAUAUUGUUUGUCUUGUGGAAUACAUUUGGCUACAUUUCUCGUGCUUCACGAAACCUAUCUAGGACUGUAUAUGUGAUUUUAAAAGAUUUUCAUUUUUUUGCACAUCCUCAACAAAGAGAUUUAUAACUCGGAAAUAAGAAAACUGUCUGCCAUUUCCUCUGAAAGGAUUUAAUGUUUUUUUACUGCCUAAUUAUUUGCCUACAAAGCUCGUGUGACUAAACAACACAAUAAAACAGAUAUUACAGUACUAA